AUGAGUGGAGAGAAUGACCAAGACCUCUUUGGAACAGAUCUCCUGUCAGAAGCCUUGGGGCAGAGUGGUCUUAAUCUAGAUGAUUUGCUUGGAAAUGCACCGGGUAGUUUUCUGCCCCAGAGCCUGUUUGAUUUUGGGGAUGUCAGACCAGACGAUUUCGAUUUCCUCGAUAAUUUCAAUUUAAACGGAGAUUUUAUUCCAGAGGCGCCUUACCCGACAUUAACAAGUUCAAAUAACAGCAGGGUAACUUCCAAUAAUGUAAAUACCCAAAGAAAUGUUCAAGUUUCUCAAGUCCAACAAACUUUCUUGGGACCACAGCCAACUUUUCCAAACGUGGCUUCAAGUGGAACAGUUUUUCCAACUCCUCGACAACUUCCGCCCAGAUGUCAAACUCCGCAGUCUGUUUCUAAACCUUCCAUUAACUCAAAUGUUCCAAGGUUGCAGAGUUCGACAUCUCCGAUUUUACUAGAUUUGUUAAACAGUGGAAGCAAUAACUCUGUGAGCAGUAACUCUAUGAGCAAUAUUUCCGACGCUGCGAAGAAGGAACUCACCAAGAAGUGAGUCUACAUGUUUUUAUAUCAAUAUUGUCUAAGUUGCCGAUAAACCAAGUCAUUUUCUUGUCCGUGAUUAUCCCAAUGAGCAAGUCAGUUAGCUUUCCUCAAACGAUUUGCAGUUUGUAUUAUUAGUUUCAUCUACGACUUGUUCAUCGUUACGUCGUCGCUCGUCGCUUGACUGUUAACAUUUCCGGUUUCAUUUGUGUGGCUUCUCUCGAGAAAGUAUCAGAGAUGAACAGGAUUAUUUUUAUUUUCUAGAGAUGUUUCACGACUGUGGUCAAACCAUGAUGUUAGUUUGAAUCAUGUGGGAGAGGUAAGCCUUUUUUUUUCUGUUGUAUUUAUAUAUCAUUGCCUAUUUGACUUACGACUUUUCUGAUCACCAACAGUGCUUAACUCAGCAGAAUAAUUUGUGCACUUUGAGCAGUUUAUGUAACAGAGUUACGAAAUAAUUGUUUUAACAAGCCUGGUAUAGCCGAGUUGAUACAAGAUGGUACAUAACACCUCUAUGUUUCUACUACGUAACAAUUCAAGUUCAAGUUGCGUCAUUACAGCUUUGUGGCAAGCCUUUCACUCUCAGGAACUCAGCUCUCCUUACUAUUUACUAUGUAACUUUCGUAUAAAUUUAGCUCUGGGAAUUUAUGAUCAAUCAAACAAGAUGCUCUACUUGAUACUUCUCUUCCUUCUUGAUGCCUUUUGGCUUGACAGUGAAUUGUUAUUUAAAGGAGAAAUUGCUUGUUGAUUACUGGUGAGAGUGAAAAAGUUAAACAGUCUUGUGACAACCAACUUUCAACCCUGUAUCAGACUGCCCUGUUACAGCUGAUAAGUAGCAAGAACAAACACUUUACUUGGGUGCAUAAUGAGAAUCAAAGACUGAACUCUCCUGUACUGUACAAGAACAUUUAACUGAAAACAGCAGUAACAAGAUCAACAAACAAAAGUACAACAACAACAAGGACCUUACAGAAAGACAUGCAUACACGUUACAACCCUUUUACCCCUAAGAAUGACUAACAUAUAUUAUCUCCUUACAAUAUCACCCCUGAAUCACACAAUUAGGUCAUGAGAAUAAGGGAAAUGAUCACAAACUAAAGAAGCUCUUAAUUGUAAAACCAAUUCUCUCUGUUAGAACCACAAGAAAUGUUUAGAGAACAGUGCAGAGGAUAUGCAAAGUGAUUUUAGAGAGUAAAGUAUUAAACUUAGUAGUAUGCCUUCACAACUCAACUCCAGAAACUGUUGCAAAGAAUUCUAAAGUAAUUUAGUAUUAUCAACUGAGUUGAUAGCGUAAAUUGGCCACUGUAAAGAGUUACAAGCAUGAUGUUUCAAGCAAUAGCCCUUUAUCAAUGCAAAUGGAGGAAUUGGAGCUAUGCUGUUGGUAGGAAUGGAGUUUGUUUGAGCUAGUUUGGAGCUCUCAGGAUCUGGGAGUUUUGAACAAACCCCUUUAACUGAGACAAGAUAAUCUGAAAUGGUACAUUGGGGGAAUCAAUUUUAAUCAUCUUCAUUAAAUAUGAUACUAACGUUUUUCAGGACAAUGAUACUGUUAGUGACGAAAAUGAAGAUGAAGAGGAUGAAGAAGAAGAGCUAGGACAAACAGAUACUUAUGCGGAAUAUGUUCCUAGUAAAUGUGAGUAAUUUAACUUCAAGGCUAAUUCAGGAAAGAACAAUUCUGAAUUUCUCUUCUGAUGAUUUAUGUCAACUUUAAGCAUUCAACUCCCAAAAGUGAUUAACAUGUAACUUCUCCCUGUAAUACGCAUAUAUAAUCCAGCAAACAGAUGAUGAGAAUACACAAGCUUAUUCAAAACAAUAUGUUAUUUUGAUCUAAUACCAAAUUCUCGUAGCUAAUUUUCAGGGAAUUAUGUAGUAACGAGAAGGGAGAAUAUAGAUUCAGUUCUUGGAAGUUAGGAGGUUAAUCAGGUUUUCAAAACAGUUAACCCUUUAACCCCAAAAGUGAUUAACAUGCAACUUCUCCCUAUGAUAUUGUACACUAUUCAGCAAACAGGUAAUGAGAAUACUCAAACAUAUCAGAUGGAAGUUGCUAUCUUUAUCUGAUGCCAAAUUCUUGAAAGUUAUUUAAAAGAAAAUCUGCAGCAGCUAGAGGGGAGAAUUAACAAUUAGAUCUUGGGAAUUAAAGGGUUAACUGAUGUUCUUCUAUACCCAUGGGUUGAGAGAUGUAGCAUCAAGUGAGUGACCAAGACAGAAUUUCUCCUUACACUAUUCAUGCUAACUGAAGCAGACUAGUGAUGAGAAUAAAGAAAAAUAUCAAUUAGGGGAUUGUUAUUGAUCCAAUACCAAAUACUCCAAACUAACAUUAUAAGAAUUGUAUAGCAGACUGUAAGGAUAAUUACUAAUAAGAUCAUAAAUUGGGAGUCCUGUCCACCAACUAACUACUAUUUCACUGACUUUAGAAAUGAAUCAAUUCUUUAUAUUAUCAAAUUAACCCUAAUCCCAAGAUCACAUGAGUAAUUCUCCUUACUGUCUGCUAAACAGUUUUUAUAAUGUUAGUUUGGAGAAUUUGGUAUUGGAUCAGCUAAUGAUCCCCUAAUUGAUAUUUUUCUCUAUUCUCAUCACUUGUCUGCUUGAUAUUGUAUGCAUAUAAUAGGGGGAAAUUCUGUCUUGGUCACUCAUGGGAAUUAAAGGAUUAAACUUACCAAGUACUGCUUUCUGUUUCAGUGCGCCUAGGACGUCGCCACCCUGAUCCAGUGGUGGAAACAAGGUGAUUGAUCUAUGCUGCUUCAUGUAGAUAUACAUCAGCAACCGUGUAAUAGGCAGACAAUGAAAACCAUGAAAAUUUUUGUUUAAUAUUAAAAAUUCAGUUUAGUAAAAGCUAUGCGCAAUAAGCUUGUUAUACACAAGCGAACUUGAGAUUUAUUUGUCUAGGGGCCGACUGGCUUUUUCCUUGGAACACAAUAACAUUUUGUUAAUAUGAUGGUGUUCAUGGUUUUCUCCAGUUCUAAGUAACAGUGGCAAAUUUGCAAAGACACAUUACAGUAAAUCUACCCUCCCCAGUUCCCCUCAACCAGCAAUGAGUCAAAGUUGAUCAUGUUGGUUACAUGCUGUAUUAAUUUUCAUGAUCAUUGGUCAAAUGAAAUUUUCAUUUCCUUGAAACACACAAUUUAAUGUUUUCUACCCAGGGUUGACAUUAGAAGGAAGGAGUCAGAGCAUUUUGUACCUACAUCUUUGUGAAUUAUGAUCAAAGACAGCAAUGAUUUCGACAUCAAUGUUUGGCUUAAAAAAGUUACUCAAAUGUGUCCCAGAAUACUGGAAGUCACAACUCAGUGUAGAGUUUCAAAUUUCAAAUUUUUUUUUUUCAGGGAAGCAUGUUCCUGGAACCCCUCAAGAGGGGCUUGUUGUGGAACAACACACCACUGUUGUUACACAAAGCACAAUUCCAUUCACCCACCAACUAAGUUGAGAUGAUAAAUCUAUUACAUUCUCUACCCAUGUGUUCUGCCAGUUAAUUAAUGAUUUCCUUGUGCACCGCAGUUCAUUGUCAAGUGUGACACCUCCCGAUAUUUGGUAUCGUUUGAUGUUCCCCAACGAAGUAAUUGACAACUGUUACUUAUCUGCACUACAACUGGAGGCUGUUGUGUAUGCUUGCCAGCAACAUGAGACAUUCUUGGCAGAUGGGACAAGAGCUGGCUUUCUAAUAGGUAACCAAUUUGUCUUUCAGUGCUUUUGAUUAAAACACUCACUAAAUAGCAAAUGACUUUUGAACUCGCAAGACAGUUCCAUGUUCUUGAAAACUUAGCAUAGUGUAAACAAAAGAUGAAAAGGAGACAACAGGGUUCCUAGCUCAACUCUUUUCAAAGUCAUUAUUUGGCAGUCUAAAUUUAUGAAAUGGGUCAUCAGAAAAAAGGAGUCCUCAGAUAAAGUCACUUUUGAAUGUUCUUGUGACUUCUUGCAGCUUAUACUGUGACCUCCAGAGAUAAAUUUUGUUAAAUAAAAUUGGUAAAGCAUUAUAAUUAUAGUGUUGAAAAAAACAAUUCAUUCCACUUUUUAUUAGACCAUUCAAAUGUAUUUGUCAAUAUGUUACAGCUUGCUACAUGUGCAUGAUCACCAGAUACAGGUUGUUAAAUUGGUGAAUUCCCCACGAAAAUCUCUUCAAUAUUCUAACUCUUUCAUUGAAAUUUUAUUAAGUAAAUUAACUUUUCAGGUGAUGGUGCAGGUGUUGGAAAGGGAAGAACAGUAGCAGGUACCUCUUUUGUUGACCUUUUGUUUAAGAGAGCUGGUAAAAGUUUAGCUUUAUCCAUUCUAACUAUAUAACUUUAAGUUUGCUGACUAUCAAGAAUUUUUGUUAAUAUGCUUUGUUGAAUUGUAGGAGUCAUUUAUGAAAACUAUUUGCUUGGAAGGAAGAGGGCCAUUUGGUAUGCACAAUGAAUAUUGAUUAUCUCUUAUAACAGUUUUUUAUUAUAUUGAAAUUAUUUAGAAAAUACUCAGAGAGCCUGUUGUCCAUCCAAAAUGCUUUACAUGUGUAUAAUUUUGUCUGGGACUUGUUCAGUUGUUGAGUGUGAUGUUACAAUAUUUAUUAGGUUCAUUUUGUCAAAUUCACCAUUAAUAAUACAAAUCAACCUGAGAUUAAGUAAAAAGGGACUGCAUUUCAUGACAACUUCUAGUUGUUUAAAAAAAUAACUUCCAAGUAUAAAAUAUGUUAGUUGUAAUAAUUGCUUAAAUGCAACAGAGCAAUUAAUUAGUGAGUUGUUCUUACAACUGAGGGAAACUGAACGCUGGUAGAAAUGAUCCAACCUCCAAGAAGUUCUCACUAAAGCAUGCAAGAGCAGUAUUACCAGCUCUAAAUUUUCUGUUAAUAGUAUGCCGUAACAUUUUUUCAUAAGUUAUUGUUCCUUUUUUCAAAAUCCACUUACUGCUUGCCAAAAAUGUUGAAAAUUUAACAAGCCCUCUCUCUGAAUAAGCACCCACCUCAAAAAGGUUCUCAUUCUUAAGGUCCAUCAAUUUACUAGCACCUUAGGUGCUAGUAAAUUGAUGGUCAAAUAAAUAUGUGUGGUAUAAAUUUUGUCAGUAUUUUCUUGCAUGUGAAUGCUAGGUUUUGAAGUUAUUUUGGUUGAAAAAAAUUGGUGUGUAAAGGUCUCCAAUCUGUCUCUUCUCAACAGGUUAAGUGUAUCAAAUGAUUUGAGAUAUGAUGCUGUAAGGUAAGAUUCCUGUUGAAAUGGUUGUUAUAAUUGGUAAAAUUACAAUUCAGUAAAUGGUUUGAACCCAGUGGUAACAUUAAAUCAUGUAGUCUGAUUGUCUGGGUGAAGGAAGUCCUAAGGGAACUGUAUCAGUGGUGGUGACUGACAUUUUGACAACCUGGCAAGGUUGUAUAAACUGAUUGGUCAGUUUAGCCAUGACCAAUUAGUUUACACAGACCAAACAUAUAAUAUGUGACUGACAAGACUAAAUGAUAAAAAUUAAAAUUGCUCCAUAAUAAUUUAUAUAUACUGGAGAAACUGCAAAGAUUUUGCAGGAAAGACAUCUUGCAUGGUGUCUAUUUUCAAAGGUACGCUGUCUUGACAUGUUCAUUUUAGUCUCAAUAGAUAUAAGAUCAAGUAUAAGAUUCCUUUUCUAAAACAAUUUCUUACCAAGUUAUAUAUUAAGUUGAUGGUUUUUGAUUGAUAUUUUAUGAAUAAUUAUGGACAGAAAGCCAGUGGUUUAUUAACCUUUCAACUCAUAGGUCUGAUUGUUAAUUCUUACAUGUAGUUGCAAAACAUUUCCUCGUAAAUUAGUUAUUUCAUCAGGUAUUAUUAUCCCUUUGAAGACUUGCAUUGAUUUGGCUUUAACUUCCCUUGCAGGGAUCUGAAAGACCUUGGAUGUCACAUCAAUGUACAUCCUCUUAACAAGGUAAUGUCACAACUUGUGUACUUUUAUGACACUAGGUUAGUCAAGUGCUGUUAACGAGUCUGGAAAUUCUGGUUACCUACACUCAAUUCCUCGUGUCUUUGGUGACCAGCUGGUCCAAUUACUCAAUGUCCUUAUAUUGUUUCCCAAAUUGAAGUGACUGUUGUGAGAUCUGCUGCCACCUGGUUAGCUGAGGUUGUAGAGCACCAGACUGCUGUGCAAGAGGUCAAGGGUUAGAGUUCCAUACCAGACCAUUACUCAGGGUCUUAACCCUUUACACUCUAAUGCCAUUCUGUAGAUUCUCCAUACUGUUCUUUAUACAUUUCCUAAGGUGCUGACAAGGAGAUUUUAUUAACUGAUUAAAAGCUUCUUUUGUUAGUAAUCAUUUCUUUCAUUCUCAUGACCCUAAUGUGUGAUUCAGAGGUAUAUUGUAGGGAGAAAUUAGAUACUAGUCAGUCUUAGGGUUUUAAGGGUUAAAAUAACAGAGCAGAAUGUGCUGCCUUUGCUAUGAAAUCUGCAAAUGGUUAGAUACCCUAGUUUACUCAGAUAAAGAUCAUAAACUUUAGGUUCCGUCUCCUACAUCUUCUCUGUGCUAGUUAGGGGACGUUAUUGUGGUCUGGCCUUGUUUCCAAAAAUUCCAAAAUUGAGGGCACCUGAAAAAUUUCUUUAUAAAAUUGUACACUGCUCAAUGUAGCCAGUCCAAAUUUCCCUUUUAAGUGUUUUAAAGCACAUUAUAGUAUAUUGAUAUAGAGAAUGUGCUACAAGUGUGAUCUGAAUGUGAUAUGAAUGCAUCUUGGUCAUCUUUAAUUUUUACAUUAUUUCCCAUUAUUGCAGUUCAAAUAUGAUGCCAAAAUUUCAUCCAAAAGGAAUGGCAGUUUUAAAAAGGGAGUGAUAUUCUCUACAUACUCAUCCCUGAUUGGAGAGAGUCAAGGUUCUGGCAAGUACAAUACAAGGAUGGGCCAGCUACUGCAGUGGUGUGGCUCAGACUUUGAUGGGGUGGUAUCCUUUACAACAACCCAUUUUCAUUGUGAAAUGAUGAAAGAGCGAAUCCUAUGAGCUGUGAGGCACUAAGUUACUAGAAGAAAGGUGUUCAUUUUUCGAGAACAAAAUGUGUUUCCAUAUGUUUGAGAUCCUGCCCUUCAUCAGUGCAAAGUCUGAAUGCAAUCAACUUUAUUAUUUGUAAUGUUUUAUAUCAGUCCUGUUAUAUAAUGCUUGGUAAACAGGAAUGCUUUUACUGGGAGUAUUGUAGCCUUCAGAAUUUUCUAUAUUGAGAGGGUACAGCAAUUAUGUUGUUAUCAAGGCCUCAGAAUAAUACUCUCUCAGUACAGUAUUCCAGUUUUCUUACUUUUAAAGAGUUUGAAACAAAGGGUGUUACGUCUCACAAACUGCUAGAUUCCUUAAGUCUUGUGGCAGAUCGUGUUAGAUGAGUGCCACAAGGCCAAAAACUUGGUACCAACUGGCUCCUCAAAGCCAACCAAAACUGGAUUAGCUGUCUUGGGACUGCAGAGCAAACUUCCUAAGGCCAGGGUUAUCUACUGUAGUGCAACAGGUAUGUUAAUAUGCACAGUUUGUAACAAGUUGUAAGGAUUUAUAGCCAGGAUUGUCAUGUUGGUAUAAUGGUAACUAUGACGACUAUUGCAUCAUUGGUCAGUUCAAUGAAACUCCAUGGGAGCUGAUUACUUUAAUCUGAGUGUGGAUCUGUCUGCAACAGACUGAGCACUUUUGGUGGCUGGGUCAUUGGGUAAGGAAGCAAGCAGCUCUCUCUUUUUGUGCUGUUUGUCAGCCAUGGGUCUAUCACUCUAUUCAGUUGACUUACCUCCUCUGCUGGGAAGGCUGAGCCAUGAUGGUCAGCCAUAAUGAAGGGUCUUGCAACUUUCAAAAAGAGUUUUCCAUGUCCUCAGGAUAGUCUUGAGACUGUUUUUGAGGUAGAACUUGGGUCAUCAAAUAUGGUGCCUGCCCCUUUUGCCAUGUGUAUAUCAAAACUCAUGUAGAAAGCUUUAAAAUAUUAUAAGCAAGCAGUACUGUGGAUAUGAUUCAAGGUUUAGCCCUUUACCUCUCAAGAUCUGAUUUAAAAUUCUCCCUUUAAGCUGCUACAUAUUUCCUUGUAAAUUAGUAAUGAGAAUUUGGUGUUCGAUCAAGAUAACAACUUCAAUCUGAUAAGUUUGACUUUUCUAAUUACCAGUUUGUUGAAUAAUGAAUGACUAUUGUAGGGAGAAGUUAUGUGUCAACCACUUCUGGAAGUUAAGGGGUUAAUUGCAGUACUUUGUUUCUGAAUAUACUUGUUUAUGUAUUCAGGUGCCUCUGAACCCAAGAACAUGGCAUACAUGUCUCGGCUCGGAAUAUGGGGACCGGGAACACCUUUCAGAGAAUUUAAUGACUUCAUUCAAGCUGUGGAACGAAGGUGAGUACAUUUUAUGCUGUGAUGGGGUUAAAUUAUGAAAAAGUCAAAAUAUGGAGACGCACUCACCUUUGCUAGUCACAUAUUAAAAAAUGGCUGUCCAUUUGAUUGACGUCAACAAUGAUUUACUAGGCAUGACUGUCUUCAAAUGUUGUCACUGUGAACAACAAUUUUUCUUUCAACAAAUUGACCAUAUGCACAAAGUUGAAAGAAAUCAAGAAGAACAUGCAGAUUUUUAGCCUAAUUGUACAUGAUUAAGUCCCAAUAAAUUUAUUGAGUGGUAGUAUUGGUAAAAGGAAUUAAUUUCCAAUUGAUUCUGGUCUGUAUCAUGUUGUAAUUACUGCAUUUAUUUUUCCUUCAGAGGAGUUGGUGCAAUGGAAAUUGUAGCUAUGGAAAUGAAGGUGACUUGAGGAGUCUUAUGUAAAUGUGACUUGUCAUUGUGAUAACACAUUUUCAAUUAAAUGAAAAUUAACCUCAGAGAGAAUGAACCUAUGAACCUCUUCACAGCAAUUUUUAGAGUUUCUCAGAAGCCGUAACCCUUUUACUAAUCAGUAACUCUAAUUACUGUCUGCCACACAAUAUUUAUGAUGUAAGUUUGGAGAAUUAAUUGGUAUUGAAUUCAUUAAACAUCCCUUUCUUGAUAUAAUAUUAUUUCUUUUUUCCCAUCUUCUGUCAGUUUGAUAUUGUUAACCCUUUAACUCCCAUGAGUGACCAAGACAGAAUUUCUCCUUACAAUAUCUAUACAAUAUCAAGCAGACAAGUGAUGAGAGUAAAGAAAAAUAUCAGUUAGGUGAUCAUAAGUUGAUCCAAUAUCAAAUUCUCCAGACUAACAUCACAAGAACUGUAUGGAAGUCAGUAAGGAGAAUAACCAAUGAGGAACUUGGAAGUUAAGGGGUUAAUAUUGUGAGGAGAAAUAAUUCUCUAUUGGUCACUCAUGGGAGUUAGAGGCUUUAACUUUGAUCUUCAAAUCAUCUUCUAUGUCAACCCUAUCUCCUAGAGAUGAUAACAGGUAGCCUUUCCUUACAAUAUGAAUGCUUUGCUUAGUAAAGACUAGAACACAAGUGCUAUCUUAAUAAAGCACUACCUGACAUUCAAGGAAGUCCUACACAGCUCAGGGGGAAUUGGUAUUUAGGUCUUGAGAGGUGAAUGGGUCAGUUCAUCAUUCUUUUACAGCCAUGCUGUGCUGGGAUCUAAGAUUUGCAAUAAAUUAAUUGAUAUAAUACCUGUUUUGUAUCCUUAUUUGUACCUUCAAUUAUAAUUAUUAUGGAAAAUAAAUUUCAGUUUGUCAGUCUUCCCACGACAACAAUGUAUGGGGUGUACCUAACUGUAGCAUGUGACAUCAUUCUGUGUCCAAAAUAUGAGUGAGACAGGAAGAAAACCCAACAAAUAUUUAUUUACCGACAAUAUAAGUAAACUUGGCUGUGUUAUACAACAAUCCCAAGCAACACAUGUGUUACAUGAAUGCAAGACUGACAAGCACGACAGCGUCACUUCUUACAUCAUACACCACACUAACCUAUGUGUACCACUGUGUAAAUGUACAAACAUGUAUGAUUCCUUUAUCAGAGCACUGUAUGCUUGCUGAAAGCUGCAGGCUUACUGAUUAAUUUUAUGAAACCAGGAAAUAAAGCAUUUAUGGGUGGUUCAGUGGCAGUCAAUUAAUUGUUUUUUUUUUUUUUUUGCUUCAUUUUUUUUGUUCUCAGCUUCGCGGCAUGUACAUGACACGUCAACUUAGCUUUGCUGGAGUAACCUUUGAUAUAAAAGAAUUACCACUUGCCAAAGACUUCAUUGAUAUGUAUGAUGCAUCAGUCAAACUUGUAAGUUAUGUUUUGCAUUCAAACUUGUCAGUUAUAUUUUGCAUUCAAAUAACACAGGCAACUGUUCACUGCUUGUGUUAUUUAAAUUUUUUGGAAACUUUUGCAUUUUGAUAUUUGAUAAAAUACCUAGCAUUACAAAAAUAACCUGUUUUAUUGAUUAUAAAUUGUGGUUUUCAUAGUGGAGGGAAGCAAGAGAGAAGUUUGAAAAAGCUGCAGAUCUCAUGGAAGCUGACAGUAGAGUGAAGAAGACCAUAUGGGGUCAGUUUUGGUCUGCUCAUCAGGUAAUUAACCCUUUAUAUGCAGACUUCAGUAUGCAUAUUCUCCAAACUGUUCUCUGUACAUUUCCUGUGGUACUGAUGGGAGAAUCUCUUUAUCAGUUAACAGCUCUUUUAAGCUGGUGAUCAUAUCCUUUAUUCUCGUGACCUGGGGAUAGUAUAAGGAGAAGUUCAAUGUUGAUCACUCUUGGGGGUUCAAUUGUUAAGUACUGAAUUUGUUCACUUAACCUGUUCACUUGUAUGGGAUAUACAAUUUAAAAGCAAGUCAUGUAGAGUGUAAAGCUUGCAUUCUUAGUUUGUGUUAGUGAUAGAUUGAAAAUUGUAUUUCUAAGACUGAGUAAUAAUAUUAUCAAUAUUUUAAAGAACACCUGCCUGAAUGCGAAGACUUUUUCUGUUUCUUUGCAGUGCAACCAGUUUCAUUUUCACUUGUGUAUGUCUUUAACCCUUUAACUCCCAAGAUCUAAUUGAUAAUUCUCCACUUUAACUGCUAUACAUUUCCACUAAAAUUGUUACGAGAAUUCUAAGUUUGAUCAAGAAAAGAACUCCCACCUUAUGAGUUUGAGUAUUCUCAUUACCUGCUCGCCAAAUAAUGUAUGGAUAUUGGAGGGGAAAGUUACGCAUGAAUCACAUCUUGAAGUUAAAGGAUCAAUCACAUUGUCCAAGUUUACUUCACUCGUGUGGGAAAAGUAAGGAUAUUGAAAAUUGGGUGGAAGAUCUGCUGACGUAAUGGCUGUUGCAGUGGUCUUUGAAAAGAGGGGUUUAGGUUCAAGCUCCUGAUGGGAUAUUGUAUACUUUUUUCUAGUGGAGCAAGUCUGUUUAAUCAUGCCUUGCUUCUUCCUUUUAGGAGUUUGAAUAAGUACAAAAAAAUUGUCAUGGAAAUCUGACAAAAUUUCAAGCAGCAAAACUCAAAAUGUCUUCAUGUUACUGUUGAUUUUACUUGUUUAUCUUUGGGAACCAGCUAGUUCCUCUUUGAUUGUAAUCAUGUAAUAUGAAUAUCACUAAGUCCCCUGUUUUCUUAUUUUAAAUUGUAGAGAUUUUUUAAAUACCUGUGCAUUGCAUCCAAAGUACGGAAUGUUGUUAGCAUUUCCAGAGACGCCCUCAAUUCUGGAAAGGCAAGUUUCCAAUAAAUUUAAUUUGUAUUGCUGUAACAAUUCCAAACCUACCCUAUUACCACACAAGUUAAUGUUUAUUUUGUUCUAUUACACCUAUGACACAAAAAAUACUCUGUGUUGUGUUCUCUUCCUUCUUUACUUUAUAAUCAAAUAUAUAAUAAACUUCUUGUGAAGUUUGUGUAUCCCAAUAUGUGAUUUUAAAUAUUUGAAAACUUCCUAACAUUCACAAGGGUUCUGUUAGGGUUCAUAUGAGUCCUGGAAAAUCUGGAAAGUCCUGGAAUUUUAUUUGACAUUUUCCAGGUCUGGAAAGUCCUGGAAAGUUCUGAAAAUCUGCUUGAAUUUAGCAAUGAAGUUUUCAGAAUUUAUGUUGUAAGAAAUAUUUUGUUGACUGUUAGGAGAAUUGAUCUUGAAAUCUUGGGAAUGAAAGGGUUUUAGGGGAAAUUUGGAAUCCUGGAAAAACCAGUCUGAGUCCAGGAAAAUUCUGAGGAAAGUCCUUGAAAUUUUUUUUUUUUUGAAAAGUUGUACAAACCCUGUUCUACGUAACUGUCUAAGAGCAUGUGUACUUUUUCCCCUUUUUGCAGUGUGUCAUUGUAGGUUUGCAGUCAACAGGGGAAGCUAGAACACUAGAGCAACUUGAAGAGUCUGGAGGGGAACUAAAUGACUUUGUUUCUACUGCUAAGUAAGUUUCAUGAUUCCUUUGAUUGUAAAUAACAAAAUUUUGUUAAAUUUUUCAUUGAAAAUGUAUUUGCAUAUAUGAACAUACUUCCUAAUGAUUGAGUUUGAAGUCUGAACUUCAAUUGCCAACUGAGCCUAUUUUCGAUUUUUUUUAUUUAUAAUUUUGGCUGUUGUAUAUUCUUUGUAAAUUAGAAAUUAUCUCAAAUUUAUCUUUCAAAUGAUUUGUGUCUUUUAGAGGUGUGUUACAAGCCUUGAUUGAAAAGCAUUUCCCAGCAGCAGACCGAAAAAAAUUUGCUGAUCUGUUUGGUAUUGACAAUGAUGCCAAUGACAAAUUGUAUGACCAGUCUUCAUCCCUAGCAUCUGGUCAACUUACCCCACGAAAGAGGAAACAGAAAGGUUAGUUACUCAUAAUUAAUUCUUUGUUUCAGAUUGGAUUUUCUGUUCAUUGCAAAUGUAGGGGAUUACUAGAAUCCUGCAUACAACAUAGUUUAAUCUGCUGGUAAGGUUUAUUUACUGUGAAAUUUGAGCAUGUGAGACUGCCUUAAAUGCCAGAAGUUAUCCCUGUUUCUAAGCAUGAAGUGAGCAGAAGUCUUUUUAUCCACCUGGAUGGGGUGACAAACAAUUGCAGCACCCCCCCAUCUCUAGCAUGUCAUAAGGUUUUACUGACAAUUUAUAGGUUGCCAUUGUCACUCCUAGGUUAUAAGGGACACUACUGGAGUUAACCCUUUCACUCCCAAGAUCUCCCUAGUAAUUCUCCUAACUGUCUGCCAUACAAUUCUUUUGAUGUUGGUUCACAGAAUUUGGUAGUAGAUCAACUAUUAAUCCCCCUAUUGACAUUUUUCUUUAUGUAUUAUCACUUUCCUUGUUGGUAUUUAGGAGAGAAAUUCUGUCACUGUUUUGCCCCAUAGAAUAACACAGUUAUUUCUGCCAGAGCUCAAAUUUGGAUGUCAUUAAUGAUUAAGAAUCUGCUAUAAAGUUAGCGAUUAGUGAUGUGUUUCUUUCACUCAAAUUUGUAGUUUCCAAGCCAGCAAAACCAAAGAAAAUGAAAACUGCUCUUGAGAGGAUUUGGAACUGUAAGUUUAAAUAACAUGUUUUUUUUUGUUUGAUCUCUCACAUGUGCCAUUUUGUCAGGCAGUGCAAUUUGAGUUUUAAACACUGUGCUUAAAGGCUCUGUGUUAAAGAAGUUAAUUCAACCAGCUGCCCUCAACUUAAGCUGUAGUCAGGGAUCUCUCUGUUGUAUUGCACACAGACUUUUGAGCAGUCCAUCUACCCUUGAUGGCGUGACACACCUAGGCUAAGAAGUUUUGGUAUAAAAAGCAUAGCCUAGAAACUUAAGCUUGGCCAGGGAAUGUGAUCAGUGUUGCUGAAAACCUCUGCUCUGCUUUACCUUAUCUCUCUCUAACACCUGUUUUUCAUCUUUUUACUUUAAUGAUCCAUGCACUUUUUUUUUGUUUUGCAUAUACCGCGUUUCCUCAAAAAAGCGCCAGGACGCUUAUCUAAAAUUUCAGCUAAGAAGAGGGAACCCAUAUUGGAAGGAGGGCGCUUUGUUACAUUUAUUUUGUUGCUGAUUCCACUAGCUUAAAAAUUAAUAAAUACAGUGGCAAUAGAAAGAGGUUUUCCUUGUAUCCCCACUGUUUAAGAGAGUUGGGGGGGCGCUUAUUCGGGGGAGAGCGCUUAUUAGAGCGUGGGCGCUAAAUCGAGGAAAUAUGGUAUACACAUAGUUAUAUCAUGUGCUAUUUUCUACUUUUGUAAUGUUAUAGAUACUUGUGCAUUCUCUCAACAAACCUCUUCUGCUCAGUUAUGUCACGCAUUUAAGUAAAUUUGAUUAAACUUUUUUUUUUAUUGCUGUGUUUUUCUCUUUAGUGAGUAGUGGCUCUGAUAGUGAAUCAGACGAAAGUCAGAAGAGCAAUGGUGAGAAUGAAUUGUUCAACGCUCAUAAAAACAACGGCAAGAAUGAUGGUGCAGCAGAGUCUUGCAACAGCUCAGCAGCAGAAGAGGAGGAUGAUUCUAACCCGUUUGGUGUGUCAGGAUCAGAUGAUGAAGGUACAGUGUUUUGUUAUAAUAGAGUAAAUGGUCUGAGCCUAAGAGAAACGGCCAAACAUAUCCUGAGAUGGUCUGUAUUGGGGGGAGUUCCGAGAAGGAUUGCAGCUGGCAACUGUGAUAGAGAGAAACAAAACUGUAUUGGUAUUGGUAAUGAGAGAUGUUUUAAUUCUUAUUUCACACCUCAAUUGCUGUUUUUUACAAGCUAUGCUUGUUUCAGUUUUCUUGGUUCACAUCAGUACACAAUGAACAUUUACCUUUGAAUUAGCUGUGAACAGAGGCCUGUAAAAAAAAAACAUAAUCUUAAAACCCAAAGAGUGACCAGCAUCCAAUUUCUCUUUACAGUAAUGCUGCUGAAUCAUUUAUUACGAUAAUGAGAAUAAAGGAAAUGAUCGCCAACAUAAGAAGCUUUGAUUGUUAAACAAAUUCUCCUAAUCAGCACUAAGGAAACGUUUUGAGAAGAGUAUGGAGAAUGUAGAUACUGAUGUUAAGGUGUGAGGGGUUAAAGAGAGAUGAUGGAAGGUUAAAAGCUUUGCUGUGGCUGUAAGAAGCCUGUGUUUGUAUAGUGAAGCUAUCAGUGCUAUGAGACAAACUUGCUUCUUAUUUUCAUGUGUAGACCCAUGGCUGCAUCGAAAGUCUCGGAAGUCUUCAAAAAACAAAUCACGGACAGGUAGUCCUGACUCAAGUUACAAUGCUCUGGCUGCUGCCGGGCUUAAAGUGGGUGGUCUCCCAUGGAGCACACCUGGACAGAGAACAAAACAGCCUAAUGGGCUGGAGAGCCAGCAUUCGUGGAACCCAGCUGGUAAUUAGCUUUCAUUGUUUGAGCGCAGUUCAACUAAAUGUUGUAAAGCGGUCAUCGCAAUGGCCAAUUGGAAGAGAAAGGAAAAUAGAAUGCUUUUCAAUCGAGUGGCGUAAUGCCAAUAUCAAAGUAAUCAUAACAACCAAUCAUAGGACGAAAAAUAUCGCGAGGAGCGAGCCAACGAGAACUCAAAAUGAAAACAAGCAACCUGCCUUGAGUCCCUAUUAGGAUUCGAGCCUCAAUCAUUUGGAUGUUGUUCUUUCACUGGGCCACAGAGAACUUUAUAAUGAGCAAGGCCAUAUGCGAAAUCCAUAUGUGAUAAUCAGGGUUUUUUUGCUCUUGUCUUCUCAGACCUCAAACUAUAACUAACAUAAGGAAUGUGUUGAUCAAUGAAGAAAUGUAAAAUGGUUUCCGUGUUUACAUAGCCUGAUGUAAACACGCGGGAGGUUGGGAGAACACUAAAUAAGCUGGAAACCACUCCGCUUCGCGUCGUGUUUUCGUACGCUUAUCUCGUGUUCUCCCAACCUCCCGCGUGUUUACAUCAGGCUAUGUAAACUUCCUUACAUACGCUCAUGUAAAAUGGUUUUAUGGCCAAUCAGAGCGCGCGUACUAUUUGAAUUAUUUUAUAAUUUGUAAUAACACACUUGCCUUCAUCUGCAGGUGGACUGAAGACUUUACAUCAUUCCGCGAGUGCGCCAGCUUUUUCUAGUUUAACUGCAGCAAAUAGCCCAGGACCACUGGCAAACUCUGCUGCAGAUAUGUGCAGAGCAAUGAAAAGGGAGUUACUUGAUAAGCUUGAUGUCCUGUCCAAAUGUCUCCCUCCAAACACUUUAGAUGAACUUAUAGAUGAGCUGGGUGGGCCAGACAAUGUUGCAGAGGUGAGUAGAUUGAAUUGCCUCAUCUGACCACGUGUCCUGUUUGCUGAGGGCCUUUCAUGAACCCUCUAACCCAUGAGAGUGACCAGCAUCUAAUUUCUGCCAACAGUAUAACCCCUGCAUCACACAGUAAGGUCAUGAGAGUAGAGGAAAUGAUCACCAACUAAAUAUUCCCUUGAUUGAUCAACAAGUUCUCCUUGUCAGCACCCUAGGAAAUGUAUAGGAAACAGUAUGGAGAAGAUGCAUACUGAUGUUAGGGUGUAAAGGUUCAACUCUUUAGAUUGUAAAUUAAGUCCAGGGUCGGGUUGUUCAUUGUUUAAAGCUGGGUUAAGAUAACUCAGGGUUAGUGGGAAAUCUGAUUUCAGAUGUGAAAGCUUUGAAAGACAAUCCAAUACAAUUCCUUUCAUCUACAAUUUGAUGAUUGAAUGUCCUUCGAAGAAGAUAGAAAAUUAUCCAAGAAAGGCUUUUGAACAAAGGGAUAAAGAAAUCGAGAUCAAAAUUUAACUCUUGGUUAGCACUAAUCAGCCUACGAACAACUGUGCCCAGGAGUUUUACUGGCUUAUUUGUUUGCAUGCGCCAUAUACACCCAUGUUUCCUUUACAAUUUAAUGUAGGAGAAGCUGUAAGGUUUUUAUGAAUUAUGAAUUAUGCGCGCAUUUUGAUUGGUCCCUACCCAUUAUCUGUUGGAGGAUAGACGCAUAGCUGACGUCAUCAUAAACUUUUUUUUUUUUUGCUUCUUUAUUUACUUAAACAAAUAUAUUCAAUUUCAGGUGGGUCGGUCACAGAAGUAGUAAAAAUAUCUUUAGUUAUCUCGGCUGCGCCUUGUGUGUCACUUUUUUUUCUUAUCACAUUUUGAAUCUUUCGCAACAACUAAAUACUAUCUCAAAAUACACUUAAAUUAUCAGUUAUACGUAAAUGAGAUGUGUGACUCAGUUUUAUUGUGUUUAGAUGACGGGAAGAAAAGGUCGUGUUGUGAGUAAUGAAGAUGGGACCGUAAGCUACCAAUCAAGAAGCAAACAAGAUGUGCCUUUGGAGAUUAUUAACGUUGUUGAGAAAAACAGAUUCAUGGAUGGGCAGAAGGUAUGAUGUUUCAGUUAGUGAUAUACGUCGGUGAUGAAAAAUGUUUCCCAUCAACUUUUGAGAAACUUAAUUUGACUUGAAGCGCGGGAAGGAAAGAGGCGAGGAACCAGGUCGUGAUUGGUUUUAGUUCUGUAUAUUAAUUAGCCUGAUCAUAAAGCGUAGUGAAGGAAAACCAGUGCAAUCCCGGACUUCUUCCAACAGUUGGUAAAAAAUUGCUGUUUACACAAGUAUGUUAUAUCUUGAAGUUUUUUCAUGUUUUUUAGAGCAUCGCAAUUAUCUCAGAAGCUGCCAGCUCAGGCAUUUCUCUACAGGCAGACAGGAGAGCCAAGGUAUUUAAAAUAUCCGUCUAUAAGUUGACAUUUGAACAGUGUAAUAGGGACCAUUAUGUACACUCUGUUGAUACGUGUAUUACUCGCAUUUAAAACUUUCGUUUGGAAAUAUUAGCAAUUUUGAAUUCUCCUUUCUGCUUAAUGGCUUAUUGUCAACUUUCCUUCUGGCGAUUGACGAGAGGGGAAAAAAGUCAUUUGUGUCAGUUUAAUUAUUUCCGCUUGACAGAACGAGUUGCUGAUUGAGGGAAACGAUAGUAUAAAUGCAUGUUAGCCGGAAAAAAUUGAUUUUGAUUGACUUUCCAUGUGUUCUAUGUUUCAGAAUCAACGAAGACGCGUUCACAUCACUCUUGAACUACCGUGGAGUGCAGACAAAGCAAUUCAGCAGUUCGGUAAUUGAUCGUUCAACUGUUGUUAAAGGCGGAAACUGAAAUAAUACUCGAUCUGAAUGAAAUUAUUGUUGUCAUUAAUAAUGUUAUAAUAAUGAUAAUAAUAUUAAUAAUGAUCUGCAGGUCGAUCUCAUCGGUCCAAUCAAGUGAGCGCCCCAGAGUACCUGUUUUUAAUAUCUGAACUGGCUGGAGAAAGACGUUUUGCUUCCAUUGUAGCCAAGAGGCUAGAGAGUUUGGUAAGCUGUGCAACGUUAAUUCGAUAGCUUUCAGAAUGAUAUUCAUAGCCAUGAUUAAGUACUACCAGUUCAGCUCUACUGUAGACCUUCUUUUCUUUAAAUUUUAUUUAAUUUUUAACUUGAGGCCAUGUUUUUGCUAGCAUGAGUGCCCUAAGAGUCGUUUUCCCUUUUUUGUGGUGGUGGGGGCGCUAACUUAACUGUUUCUCUCCUAGUAUUUCUUACGAUAUACAUGUAACUACCUUGACAGGCAGAUAAGCGAUUAGAGGAAAGAAAAACAUCAAUCAGCCCCAAUUGUUUGAUUGAAUAUGAAGUUUUCAGUGCAAGAAUUUCUAAGAAAUGUGUGGCAGAUCGUGCAGAGAAUUUAGAUCUAGUUCUUGGGAAUGAAAGGGUUGAUAUCAUGCAAACAAAAUUGCGUUUCAGGGAGCUCUUACUCACGGAGAUCGACGAGCUACAGAAUCACAAGAUUUAAGCAGAUACAAUAUUGACAACAAGGUAAAUUUUAAUGUUUUCUGUUAAUGCCUCGCUGUACCUGCCUUUUUCAGUAGCCGCUCAUCAAUCCCUCACGAUUUUUUUUUCUAUUAGUAAACGUUGUUUUGGUCUUACUUCCCCACGGAUUGUGAUUGGUCCGGAAAUCUCACGCCAUCUUCUCAACCAAUCACAUGCUGGACUUAAUCCAAUCGCGCCUCCAUCACUCUCAUUUUCCCGCGCUUCAGACAGUUUGCAGGUCUUUACUCUUGUCUUACUGGCCCUAAUGGUAUCUACCUUUUCUUUGGUUAGCCAUUGUUAUCGCUUUGGUUCUGGUUUUACGGCCCUCAAUUAAAAGAGGCGCUAAUGCGUCACAAAUUGGCUUGUUAAGUAUUAGUUGACGUAAGCUUUUUGUAUUUAUAUCUAGUAUGGCAGGGCUGCUUUGGAAGCUGUUUUAAAAGCUGUCACUGGUCAGAGUGCGCCAACGAUUCCACCACCACAAGACUACAAAGGAGAGUUUUUUCAAGGUAUGUUUAUAUGUACCGAUAUUCAGUCGUGUUUCAAAAAUCCUUUCAUCCUUUUUUCAAGUCCUUGGAACACCUUCGAAAACUCACAAAGCCACUUACCUUUUACUUCGCUAUAAUUAUGACGAAACACCGUUAUAUUUGAUGAAGAUCCUCAUUCCCCACCCCCUCCCCCUAAGGAAAUGUUAACAGCGAAGCUGAUCACCCAGGGAGGUCAAAGUCAACAAUUUAAGUUGAGUUGGGGUAUUGGGGAAAUGGGACCACAGAACAUUAAGUAUCCUUUAUCUGCGCGAGUUUUUUUGUUUGAUUUGUUUUUGUUUGUUUGUUCUGUUUUGUUUUGUUUUGCUUUGUUUUUUCAAUUUAAGGCUCUUUUGCCAGGGAUUGUAGUCUUUGUCCCUGUGCCAACGAGGUCACUGAAGCUCGGAACUGCCUGGGUUUUUAAUAAUCUUCAAGGGUGAUGCAAGUGUUUUUCUUGUUUCUCGAUCAUGACAAAUUUUAACAUCUACGUUUACUUUGGUUCUUUUUACAACAGAUGUACGUACAGCUCUGAUCGGUGUAGGCCUUGUGGUCAAAGAUGACAAGAAUAACGUGACCAUUUUGGAUAAAGGUGAAACUUUCUUUCUCAGGCUUUGUUCGAAAACAUUAGGUACAGAAAUAGUUACGGAUCAAGAAGUCUGGGUACGAGCCCUGGUCUGGUCAGUAAUGUUAUGGUUUAGGGCACUUAACCAUUUCUGUACCUCUCUCCAUUAAACCUUUACGCGGUAACAUCAACAUGCAAAUUCUCCAUUCAGUUGUUUUCACAAGGAAAAGAAGGAGAAUUUGGCUAACAAUCAAGGGCUUCUUGAGUUCGCAUUCAUGUCCUUCUUUGGAUGACUCUGAUGUUUGAUUCAGAGGUGAUAUUUUUUUUAAGGAAAAAUUAAAUGGCAGUCACUUUCACGGGUUUAAGGGUUACUUGAUUAAUUUGUUUUUGUCUUCAUUUCCGUUUUUUUUUUUCAUCAGACUUCACGAACAUCUCACGGUUUUUAAAUCGAAUCCUUGGUGUAGAAGUUGAACUUCAAAACCACCUGUUCGCAUACUUCAUGAAAACACUGUCUGUUGUGGUACAACAAGCCAAGAGAAGUGGACGGUGGGAUGAAGGAAUUCUUGGUAAUCAAAAACGUUGGAAUUUUUUAAAGCUGUCAUAAAGUAUCAACUUUUUUUUUCUUCUUGCUACACUUUGAUGUCAUCUGUGAUCCAUUGUUGAAUGUACUCACAGCAACAUGAAAUGCAGUUUUGAUAAUUUUGGUCGUGUUUUUUUUCAGACCUUGGUGCUCAUGGUGAAGCUGUGACUAACUUGAGUGUUCAAACAUUUGCUGGUAAUUCAACUAUGGGCACAGCUACCACAGAAUUACACACAGUAAGCUGCCUCUCUCUUCAAUUAUCUUUUAUUUUAAACACGAAUUGGAAAGAUGUGACGGUGCAGUAUGGGUAUUCUAUUGAUGUACGGUUCUGUUUUUAGCUUUCCAAAAAAAAAUCUCCUGAACACCGCAACUGACUGGCUUGUGUGGUUGUUUGUAACUCGUGUGAGAUUUUUUCUGUCAACCUAAAAGCACGCCACCUGGUCAUUCCAACGUUCGCACAUGCGCAAACGUUUGACCGCGGUGUUUACAUCUAGUCGCUUCAUGUUACAGAAUCCGGGAUGAGCUCCUCUAGACAAGCUUUCUUUAGCCCAAGUUAUGAGUCAAUAACUUUUCUUCUCCUUUGCAUAUUUAGAUAAGCGUAGAGCGGGGAAUGUCGUGGGAAGAAUCAUUUGAAUUACGGCGGUCUCAGUCGCACCCAGAGGAUGGUUAUUACCUUUCCAACCAGGUGAGUUCGUCGGUAACGUGUCAACGAAGAAGUUUUAACUUUAACAGUAAAGCGCUUUUGUAUUGAGUGUCGUGAAACCAAGUCCUAAUUGGCUUUAGUUUUGCAUCUGAUUGACCGAGAGAGUUGCGCGAGUCUUUGGACCAAUGAGUGGGCGAAAUAAAGCAAAACCAAUGUAAUCUCGUAAUAGUUUCAAAAUUCAAUUGAAAAUUGCUCUAAAUGCUGCUGCAGCUAUUUUUAUGGGCAUGAACAGCAAAAAGAACUAUGCAAGAAACUUUGAGUUGAGAAUGCAGUUGAUAUUUGCCCAGACGGAUGCCAUUUCGAUGCGGGGAACGGCAACCUCGUCAAACUGGAAAAGGAAAAUUAUUGUAAUAGAGCGUAAUUCAGUUGAGCCUCGUAAAAACUAAGCCCGAAUUUAUUCCGGUGGACAAUCAGAAGAGCAGUUAGAGUAAAAACUAGCAAACUGCCUGAAGCGCGGGAAAAGGCAAGUGACUAAGGCACCACUGGUUUAAUUUUGUAUCAUUGGCUGUAAGGGUGGCGUGAGUUUUUUAGACCCAUCACAGAGCGUUGUGAAUUAAAACCGAUGCAUUUCUUUGGACACUCAGUAGAAAAAAAUAUUUAUUCGAAGUUUUAAUAAACUUAAGUAGACCCUGGCUCAAAUUUAAGUGCACCAUUAAGGCCAUUACGAACACACCAUGGUGGAAUAUAAAAGUGAAAGUAACCUAAGGUAACUAACUUUGCAAAAUAUAUAUAAUUAUUUUUAACCAGGUGCGGAAUCACAAGAAAACUGCUAUCUUGGUCAUGUGUCAGUCUCGAAGCAAAAAGAAGGAUGUGAUCAAUGUGUACAGACCUAAUACUGGCCUGCAAACAAAACAGGACACACUGGAAGACGUCAAGAAAAAGUACAAAAAGGUAACCAGUCACGUGUUCUCUUCUGUCCAAAUCUUGUUACGUCAUCAGCAUCAGCUAGCGGUGUGAAGCGCGGGAAAAUGCGAGUGAAUAAGCCGUGAUUUGUUCAAGCUUUUCUGACCAGGUGUCCUCGGUCCCCUACUAUGAGUUACGGAACCUCGUUUUUUCCGCGCGGAUUUAUGGCCUGUGCGCUUCGGUGGAAAAACUCGGUCCGUAACUUUCAGUGGGGACCUCAAACUCGCCUAUUAAAAGGUAUUGCUUAUUGCUUGCCUCACGACAAAGUCGCUUUCAAUGUGAAUCGCAACAUUUGACUGCCUUCUACCAGUCUUCAUGCAAUAGAAGGGAAGAACGGCAGUAUGCAGUUGAAACCUUGCGAUCCACAUCAGAAGUGAUUUCUGCUUGAAACUAUCGAUGAUAAUUCAUCCACAAGUAAAUAACCUUCCGUUUUUGUUUUUUAAGGUAUUAGACCAUGAGGCUCAGAGUAGUUGGGUAGAUCAGUACGAAUCAGCCCUCAGUCAGUGCAACCACGCUUACUGGUGAGUGUACAAAGUCUUGUAAGAAUCCUUGCUAAGGGCCCAUGUUCUAAAUGGCCAAGCGCGAGCUAAACUAGAGUGGCUCUAGCGCUGCAAACUGAGGCUGAAUAGUUAUGAUUACAGGGAGCAAAAUGAUUGAUCCAGAUACAUUUUACAACCUUCGAAGUAUAAAUUAACACGCUUUUUUAAUGCGAUUGGCCCUUUAUAACACAUGCUUAUUGCUUUAUUUGGCCAAGACGUCACCAGAACUGUACGUUACAAUAGCCAUCCCAUAAUGUAUUGACAUUAUAAAGGGAAAUUCCAUUGUGGAGAACGCUGGUAAUGAAAAUAUUAAAUCGAGUGGCUGUGUACUUGACUAAACACCUCAGGUCGAUUCCUCUCAAAAGAGAAAUUAUUAUAACUGUUAUUUUCUUUUUUUUUUUGCAGGAAGGGUAACUGUAAACGAAUGACUCUUGGUUUGAGCUGUGAGGUGGGCAGGCGACAGCGUACGUUCCACAUCCUGAGCGGCUCGGUGCUAAGCGUUUGGAGUAAAGUGGAAAGUGUCUUAGCUGGUCAGUCUGGUGCAAACUCCAAAAUACAGAUUGUUCGUUGCAGAAAGAGCGAUGGAUCUCGAAUAGUUGGUAAGUCUAAAUGACUCUAAUUUCACUUUCUUUUAGUGGUUUAGCCGACGAGAAAGCUGUUGAUGAAAUUCUGGUUUUGAGUGGAAUUGACAACCCCCGCGGCUGUCCAAUUUGACUCUUGAAUUUUUUUAACCCUGGUGAUCUGCAGGAUGGAGAAUGCAAUCGGCUUCAGAUUUCACGUUGACUAAUUAAAAUGUUCAAACAACCUUCUUUGUUCAAUUUGAAUGCUGUUAUGUUAAUGCCGAAUUUAUCGUCAGAUAAAUUAACGAGAGUUCUUUCCUUGAAUUGAACAAAUAUUGUUACUGUCCCUGCUACUACCAUGAACUGAUCAAUAGUGUUCCCUCGCCGCUGAACUAGUACCGAGUUCCGAAAAACCCAGAUAUCAAUCCCAAGAAAGCUUAUGUAUCGAAAAUUUAAGAAGUUGCCUGUCAGUCACAAUCACUUCUUUCACCCUUUAACUCCCAUGAGUGACCAAGACAGAAUUUCUCCUUACAAUAUCAAUACAAUAUCAACUAGAUGAGUGAUGAGAAUAAAGAAAAAUAUCAAUUUGGGGGUAAUCAGUUAAACCAAUACUAAAUUCUCUGAGCUAACAUUAUUAGAACUGUAUGGUUGACAACAAGGAAAGUUACAAAUUUGAUCUGGGAGUUAAAGGGUUAAGUUAAAAGGUUAACGCGAUAGCUACUUUUGCAAAUUUUGUUCGAUAAAGUUUGGGGAUUGAACUUGUUUUUUUUCUCUCGUAGGUUGCCUUAUUCCAAGUAACUGUGUUCCUGCAUUAACUAGAGCGCUUACUCCCGAUACUCAGCAAGAACCAAUUUUAAUCAUGUAAAGAAAAACAUGACCUGUUCCCGGCGUUCAGUCAAGAAAACAACGAUGCGCUUGAACUAAUAGAGAGACGCAAAAUGAAGCCAGCAAAAAGAGGAGGGACUGGGUACUAUUUGGCACCGGUUUUCAUUGCGGCGUUGUGUACCAACUGUACGCUUGGAACAGGCGAAGAAAAGCUUCUAUUUUGGCAUACGGAAUCAAAAUUUGUGGUGUAAAAAGUGUACAGAUAAAUAUAAGAUUAAAUACGUUAAAUUAUUUAAGCGGUACUUUGAACCGCACGUGCGUACAAGCGAAAUCGUUAAAAAUCAUGGUAAGCAAACGCCUAUCUGUGGGCUCUUUAGGUAACAGUGUUUGUCAUUUAAAACCUCUGGAGCAGUUUUCAAUGAGUGUCGAACGCAAUUCGAGGCUUCACUAAUUUUACUUUCGCUGCGUAAUUGGUACAUCAAGAAAACUUGCGCUUUUCCCUCGAUUAAUCAGAUGUAAGACUGAAACAUGGCGACUCAGUUCACUCUCGUUUCCGACGCCUCAGCACCGGAAAUGAAUUCCCUUGAACUCUGAAUUGGUCCCUCGUGGUAUUUACCUUCGUUAUAAUUAAUUUGAUUUCGUUUAACGACACUCAGUCGAAAGGCGCUCUCUGAGAAACUGAAUUAAUUAGAUAAGACUGUGUUUCUUGUUCAACUAGUACACUAAGCUUGCGAAGAAAUCUUCUUGACAGAGGCAAUUUAGGCGUUCCAUAUCCUGUCUCCUUUAUUUGUAAAUUAUUUGGUAGGUUAGUUUCGUCGUGCAAAUCGCACUGAAAGAUUUUUGUUAAAUUUACAUAUCCGCUUUCACGUAAAAGGGCGUUCAUCAAUAUUUGUUGUUUGGUGGACAGAUUUUAGUUUAAUUUUUCGGCCUUGUUUUGCCUGGUACGUAAUGCUGGCCUUUACUGUAGUAAUGGUAAGAGUGACGAAUGCAAGAGAAGCCACUCUUCCUCAGAAUUUUGACCAAAGAUACGUAAUCGAAACUUUCAAUACAUGUCUACACUAAUUCGUACUAUUAGGGUCAGAAUUUUGGGCGUCCUUCCUGUUUCUCCCCUCGUAAUUUUUUUUGUUAGCCUGCAGAGCAGGCGUCAUUUUAUGGUUUUCAAGCGAGUGCGAGUCGGGCGCGUGGAAAGCGCAAGGGAUUAGUCACGUGCAAAUGUAGGAGCAUCUUUUCGCGCUCGCCACCCACGCCAUCCGCACGCUCGCGUCGCGCUCGCCUAAGCUCGCUUGAAAGACGGUAAAAAGUAUGCCCCUGUCGGAUGCUAGUAAUUUUGUUUGUCUUUGUUCUGUUGAUUUUUUUCGCACUUAGCUUUUUAAUAGCAUACGAACAGUGGAGUUGAAAGAUUCAUCUAUGAAAAUGUUUUUCGUGAAGACAAUAUCAAGUUCUCUUGUGGUGAUUGGAGGGUCACCAUCUAUUUUGCUCGUCUCUGUUCGUCGAUGCCCCUUACGCUGAAUAUUGGUUGCAACAUGAACUCCAGUGUCCGCAUGUUAUUAAAAAGCGCGGUAACGCACUCUGUCAGUCGAAAUUGCUACCAUUUUUUUGGUUAGUGACGCCAUAAGAUGGCAUAAUUACAAUUAGCUCGUUUCUUUAGAAGAGAGCGAGUCAAGGUGAAUAUAUUCUUUACUUAACUGACGUUUAUUUCCUUUUAUUAGAAAAUAAAAUAUUUGAAGUUAGGUAAGUAACACAUGUCGCCGAUUACGGUACUUGAUUAAACACCGAGAAGCC